AUGUCAACAGUAAAACGUGUUGUUGGUCGUGAGCUUUUGGAAAGAUUCGACGCAGUUCUUUUUGAUGGGGAUGGAGUGCUUUGGUUAGGUGGUAAACCAAUUAGCGCAGCUAUCGGUUUUGUUCGUAAUCUUGUCAAUAAAGGUUGCAAAAAAGUGUUUAUCAUAACGAACAACUCAACGAAAACACUAUCCGAACAUGCGGCCAAAUGUAAAAAUCUCGGAUAUGACAUGAUCGACCCCGAACACAUCAUCAGCCCGGCUAAAGUCGUCUCUUAUCUACUCGCGAAAAACAAAUCUGAUUUGCCAGUUUAUCUCAUCGGAUCAGCUGGAUUGCAAGCAAUCAAUUAUAUUCAACAACCAGGCGUUCAGUUUAUCGCCACUAACGAGGAUGCCACCUUCCCUGGUCCAAAUCCAAAUGUUCGUAUCCCAGGUGCUGGAACGAAUGUGAUGGCCGUAAAAUUUGCGGCCGGAAAGGCACCACUCGUAAUCGGAAAGCCAGCUCGACCGAUUUUCGACUAUAUUCGUGAGAAGUAUGGAGUGAAUCCAGCGAAGACGUUAAUGAUUGGUGAUCGGUGCGAUACAGAUAUCAAGUUUGGUCGUGAUCACGGAAUGUGUACAAUGCUUGUGGGCACAGGUAUCAGUUCAAUGGAUGAUGUAAGGCAGUAUGAAAAACAAAAACAAUUUGAUUUAGUUCCAGACUAUUUUAGUGAUUCGUUCGCAGAUCUUUUAGAUGAUUGCUAA